AUGCUCCACUUGUUUAGAGCUACUAUUACUUCUAUCUAUCUAUCUCUAUCUAUCUAUCUAUCUAUCUAUCUAUCUAUCUAUCUAUCUAUCUAUCUAUCUAUCUAUCUAUCCUUUGUGGACGAAAGCGUGCAAGCUACUUCGUUUAAUUCUUCAACAUUCUUGCCGACAAGCAGCUUUCGACAGCCCAGAGACGGAAGGUCAAGAUGUGGCGCUACCGAAUCAAGAGAAAAACGAAAUCAACGAAUCGGAAGAUGGCACCGAUUGAUUGACGCUUUGAUAAACACUGUUAGUCACUUACAGGAAGUUCCCAACGAUCUGCCGACAUUUGAAUUAUUUUCUUUUUCAUUUCCUUCUCAAUUCCUCGUCAUGUUUAUUCUUCGUUAUCAACGCCAUUUUUUUUUUACUCCCGUCAAAUUUUCACUAUUUUCUGUAUUUAUCUCUUUUCCCCUCUCCCUGGCCGUCCUUCCUUUUAGAACUUUUCCGACUUUUCUUUUUCGUCAUUCUUUCUUACUUAUCUCUAGUUUUCUUAUGCUUUCGUUUCUUUCUUUUUUGUUCUUUCUUCUUUUCUCAUUUUUAUCUUUCUCUUCGUUUUAUAUAUUUCAUUUGUAUUUUUCCCAUUUGUUAUUCAUUCUUCUUGCUUCAUUUUUAUGUGUUUAUUUGUCAAUACGCUUAUUAGGAAUUUUGUUGGUGUUUUUUUUCUGUUUUCCCAUUGCUUUCUUCCUUUUCAUAUUUCAUGUUUUUUUCAUUUGCUAUUAUUUAUUUUUCUUAGGCGCAUGCUCAUUUGUUAUUAUUUUUUUUCUUAUGCGCAUGCGUUUUUUUUAUUUAUUGUUUUCCCUCUUCCUUUUUUUGCCUUCUUUUUCGUUCAUUUAA